GUAUGAUGUAUUCAACCCUCCCCACCACCCUUUCUCCAUCCUUAUCCCCAAUCCCCCAUAUUAUAGACGAGGCUCUAUCCAAAGAGCGAGACGAACAUGUUACCGACUUAUCUCGUACAUAGUUAAGCGGAAUGUCGUUCUCAAGGGCUGUAUUUUAAUUUUGCUGACUCUUUUUAUCCACGACCCGUCGAGCCUAACAUGAUGAAUUUUCUUGCAUCCGAGUUAAUUGAAGAAUGCUUCCACGCCCCAGCUUGAGCUUCACGCUCCCUAGCUUGCACGACAACACCAAGCUCGACUGCCGAAUUUAUCAUCCCGCAUGCUUGAAUGGACCUCUCGGGCCUUCCGAUACGUCAUGGCGCCAACACGCCGCUGUCGUUGCGCAUCCCUACGCGCCGUUGGGAGGAUCUUACGAAGACCCGGUUGUGCAUCUUGUCGCCAACACACUGCUUAAUCUUGGCUUCGUAGUUGCGACCUUCAAUUUCAGAGGCGCGUCAUCUUCUUGCGGUCGCACUUCGUGGACAUCGAAACCUGAACGCGCCGAUUACAUGUCCGUUACCGGUUUCCUCGUUCACUACGUGCAUUACUUGCGCCCUCCUCGGCAUAACCCUAACCCAACCCUACUGCUCGCCGGAUACUCGUACGGUGCCUUGGUGACGAUACAGCUUCCCCCUCUCGACUCCUUCCUGUCCGACUUCGCCUCGCCGGCCACUCAUACCGCACUAGCAGACAUCAGGCUGCGAGCACAACACCUCGCGGAACAACAAAAUAUCAUGAUCACUACUCCCUCUUCGCCGAGGAAGUCUUUAGGCUUACGUGUCGGUGGUGACGAGGACACGACACCGCCAAAGACUCGUGAAAGACCAAGGUUUUCUUCUCCUGAUCGGGAAGAGAGGAUCCGAAAAGGCGUCAAGGAAAUAUUAUCACGGCAUAGGCUAAUCCAUCGAAAACAUGAUCAUAGUUCUGUUGGGCGGUCUGGAAGAGCGAAUCACGACGAGACAUUCCUAGAGAGCGUGGACAACCUAAUUCGAUUUCGCUGUGCUUUCCUAUUAAUUUCACCUCCGUUAGGUAUCAUUACCAAUCUAGCGACUAUGUCCUUCUCAAGUCCGUUUGCGAGCUGGUCGAAGAGGAAGAGAGGGGUGUCUCCGUCGUCGGCUGGCAACCACGGGGGAAACCUGGAAGGUGAAGAGGCCGAAGCUGAGAUGAAACUCGUAAGGAAUCCAACUCUAGUCGUGUUCGGAGAUCAAGACGGUUUCCUGGCCGUAAAGAAAAUGCGCGACUGGAUCGCACAGCUAGGUAGUGCCGAAGGCUCGCAGUUCUGCCACGUAGAAGUUUCAGGGGCCGGACAUUUCUGGGUAGAAGAAGGCGUUGCACAUGAGCUUCGAGAUUCUGUCUUCUCUUUUGCAACUAGACUGAUAGAAAUUUCAUAGUGAGAGAUUCAAGACACUGAAGCUAGCCACCAUCCCCACCAUCCAACCUUCCAGUUUUUGACAUAUUAGUUGUGCCUGAUGAAAGUUAUUAUGUAUCUCUGGCGACGCUAUCCUAUUCAUGUUUUUACUCUACCUAGUUUGUAGUGUAGGAUGUCGACAUGAGGUAUGCUAGGUACCUAUGUAUGUAUAGCGUGCAGUGCCGUGGCUACAGUUUUACGAU